GGCCAACUUCCUGCUUCUCCAGCCGCGGUGAGCUACCAGCGGACCGCUUCCUCCAGGCAGUUGUGGUUAGCACCUUCUCUCCGGACUGAUCAGGAAAGGGGAAGCAAGAAUGUCUGCUUUGGGGGCUGCAGCUCCGUACUUGCACCAUCCGGCUGAUAGUCAUGGUGGCCGAGUCAGUUUCCUAGGAGCCCAGCCUUCUCCAGAAGUGGCGGCAGUGGCUCCGCUCAUGAGGGACUUGGACAGGAGCACCUUCAGAAAGUUGCUGAAGCUUGUCGUCGGGGCCCUGCAUGGCAAAGACUGCAGAGAAGCCGUGCAACAGCUUGGUGCCAGUGCUAACCUGUCGGAGGAGCGGCUGGCUGUCCUGUUGGCAGGCACACACACACUGCUGCAGCAGGCUCUCCGGCGGCCCCCUGCCAGUCUGAAGCCAGAAGCCUUCCAGGACCAGCUCCAGGAGCUUGGCAUUCCUCAAGAUAUGAUUGAAGAUUUGACCAGUUUGGCAUUUGGGAGUCAGCGCCCACUUCUCGACUCUGUGGUCCAACAGCAGGGGUCCUGGCUGCCUCACCUGUCUGACUUCCGGUGGCGGGUGGAUGUGGCCAUCUCCACCAGUGCUCAGUCCCGCUCCCUGCAACCCAGUGUUCUCAUGCAGCUGAAGCUCACGGAUGGGUCCGCACACCGCUUUGAGGUACCCGUGGCCAAAUUCCAGGAGCUGCGGUACAGUGUAGCCUUGGUCCUUAAGGAGAUGGCCGAACUGGAGAAAAAGUGUGAGCGCAAACUGCAAGACUGAACCCUGGUAGUGGGUGCUGAAACUGGUACCAGAGCUCCCAGCCCCCAGGUCAUGAGGCCCACCUCAUCUGAGGGACUGCGUGUAAGGAUGUAUUUUGUUGAAGGGACAAGACAGCUGUGACUUUUGGACUUUUUGGGUUUUUUAUGAGUGAACUGUGGGCAUAGUGGCACAAUUUAUAAUCUCAGCACUUGGAAGGGUGAGGCUGGAGAAUGGUUGAGUUUAAGGGCAGUCUGGGUUACACAGAAGAUUCUGUUUUAAACUAAAGAGGUAAAGCAACUAUUAAAAGCAUGUUCAUGGGCUGGAGAAAUGGCACAGCGGUUAAGAGCACUGGCUGCUCUUCCAGAGGUCCUGAGUUCAAUUCCAGGCAACCAUAUGGUGGCUCACAACCAUCUUUAGUGAGAUUUGGUGCCCUCUAUUGGCCUGCAGGUAGACAUACAGGCAGAACA